AUGGCCACCGACUCGUUGACCAACCUGAUCGCCAACGUGCCCGACUGGUUGAAGCGCCUCGACGACCUCAAUGGCCAGAUCGAGCAACGCCAGCAGGACCUGGCCAAACUCCCCGAGAAUCAGCUUCACUCGUCCGCGAGAUCCACAAAAUCCAUCAGGAAUCGCGGGUCGACCGAGUCCUUGAAGCCCGUCGACGAGGGUGCCGCCUUUCCCAACCCAAACCCCCUGCGCGUGACGACGCCUCCUCCAAACACACAAAACGUCCCUCCACAACCCGUGGACGGUCCCCAGCCGCCCUCCACGCCCGGGAGCGAUCCGAGAACAGGUUCCUCCCUGCUGCGACAGACACAUGAAGUCAGAGAUACAGCACAAAGACGCGCUCGCGCAACCUUACGCAAGCGGCAGAAGACGGAUUCAAUGCUCAGUGGCGAGGUUCCCUCGAUACCAAAGUACAGGACACGGAGGAUGAUAAUCGUCUACUAUGACAGUUAUGUGCAAUCCUUCUUCGAGGAAUUGGUCAAAUUCGUGUCUGCCCAACGCAACGUGCUGCGCAAGGCCAAGAUGGCGGCCAAGGUCGCCAGAAUCAAGCGGUUAGCCGAGCUGGAGAUGCCUGACGACGAUGACGACGAUGAUGCCGGCGAACUCAAGCCGGGUGAUGCCCUGAUUGCUGCAGACCCAAAGGCAUCAGCUUCGCCGCCUACAGAAGCGAGCCCUGAAGAAUUGAAGUUGCGGUACAUGGGUGCGCGCCAGAUGAGACCAGGCUACCGGAAUCCGGCUUUGGCCAUGAUGCACAUGCGCAGACCGGGCGCCUUGAAUGGCGGGUUGGGCAUGUUCAAUGAGAAGGGUGACGUUUGGGAUGAUCUGGACAAAUCUUUGGAAUUCGUGCAGGGCAUGUGCGAACACGCAGCGCAUCAGUUUCUUCGAGACGGCGAUUGCAGCGAUGAGAUCAACAAGAUCAAAUCUCGCCUAGCCGAGGUGAAGAUAGCCGCCGACAAGGAGACCGAUCGCGCCGACGCCGAGAAACCCACCUGCAAAGUCACCGACGCGUCCGAGGCCGGUUCGGUACCAGAGCCCGUCAGGAGCCGCAGCUACCGUCCGAUGGUUAUGCGAAGGGAACUCACCGGUGCGUCAACUCCCACCAAAGCUGCAACUAAGGAAGGCGUCAUGGAGGUCGACGACGAAGGGGUCCACGACAUGGGCGACUUCACCUGUUCAUAG